ACAACGUUGAUUCAACCAGUGUGUGCCCAGUGCACUGUUUUCUAGCUGGCACCAUCCAUCAAUCCAUCCAAAACGUCACCUUUUUAAACUCCAGUGCCGUCCGCGCUUUGCAGGUCUUACCCGCGCCCCCCUCCUACCUUCCCCAUUCUCCCGCUUGACAACAGCGGGGAGAAUUGGACCAUGUGCCAUGAAACGUGCCCACGGCGGGGCUGUGGGAAAGUUCGGGGGAGAGAGAACCCACACAUUGUCAUGGUAAUGUCGGUGGGUCGAGGUGUUGGGGGCGGGAGGCUGUGGUACUUAAAACCCACACGGGGAGAGUACUUUUACCCCUGCUUCUAUUCUAUUUUCUUUCACUCAGUGUUUCUCCAUUCGUCACCUAGCCAUUAAAACAGUACAAACGGAGUUCUGUGUGUGGGUAGCCUUCAACUGCCAGAAGUCAAAUCUAGCGUCAUUUGGUUAAUUGCGUGCAGACUCUGCCCACGGGAGAUUAGGACACCGAUAGUGUGGACUGUGCAGCUGAGCUAUCAAUUGGUCUGCUGGUUUGGUGUGCGCUCUGCAGCGCGAGGAUGACGGCCUCCAACAUGGAACAUGGGGGAAAUGCUCCCGAGAAGAAUUUUAACGCCAAAGAUGAACGAAAGUUGUAGUGUUGAUUUAAUUGACAGCUGCGGAAGCCUCUGAUAGAGAAGAGGAGGCGGGAGCGAAUCAACUGCAGUCUUGAGCAACUGAAGGGGAUCAUGGUGGACGCGUAUAACCUAGAUCAAUCUAAACUGGAGAAGGCUGAUGUACUGGAGGUUACUGUCCAACAUAUGGAGGGUCUACAAAAGGGUCAUGGUCCCGGCAUCCCUGCUGGUCCCAGCGUCGGGUUCCAGUCCCGGCAGCGCUACAGCAGUGGAUACAUCCAGUGUAUGCAGGAGGUCCAUAACCUGCUCUUGGGCUGUCCAGGCAUGGACAAGCCUCUAGGGGCCCAGCUCCUCAAUCACCUCCUUAAGUCUCUGCCCCACAUCAGCUCAGAGACUGGGCCUGGAAACACUGGUGGCAAUGGGCCUAAUCGGACCCCAACAAGGCCUAUCACUGGUGGGGUCAAUGGGACCAAGGGGGUGAAUAGGACUCUGAUAAGGGCCAUUGGUAAUUGUAAUGGUAGUAUUGGUUGUGGUGGUAGUAGUAAUGGUGCUAGUCCCAAUUCUGGACCUGGAUCCCCUCCCCAGUCUCCGCUUUCACUGCCUUCUGGAGGCGUAGGUCUAUUCCGACCUCGCCGUUUACAGAUGCAUCAUGCCUCGCCGCCGUUGACCACGCCCACAAGAUGCCCCCCGCUCCAUGCCCCCCACAGGCGGGUGCAUUCUGGGAGAGAUGGGAGGGAGCAGCUGCCUGCCUCCUCCCCUUCUAGCCCACCCAACCUCCCCCAGCCAGGGGUGUUUCACCCCGCCCCCCUGCCCCCUUUCUUCGGCCCUGUGGGAGACCCCUCUAUGUGGAGGCCUUGGUGAAAAAAGAGGGGACACGCACACCUUUCAUCACUUUAAGACCCCUGAGUGUUUCCUGACCCUGUGAUCUGAGUGUAAAAAUGCCAAUAUGGCAGCAGACCACCUAGGGCCUGGAGUUUUUCCCAGUCACCUCAUGCUGGUGGUCAGGAAAAACUCAGGGACUCUUUGUUUUUUAUCUAAUUCCAUCUCAUGGGAUCGCUCAACUCUGUUGUUCCUGGGUUGAGUGCAGAAGUCAGGAAAUAAAGAUCUGGGUGGAUCUACAAGUUUCACUUCCUGUAAAAUUGAACCCAAUAUGUUGUGGUGUGAUUGAGAGAUGCAUCAGCCCUCUAGGAACAUGUCUUUAGUGCUCUGCUAUAUUAUGCAUUGCCAGCAGUUCUAUGGUCUCAUUUUUUGUUUAAAUGCUUCACAUUUGUUACAUUUUAGACAUAAAUUAUAUUAGUUUUUUUAUGAGAUUGGCCAGAAGUAAGCAUUGUUUUUACAAUUUUAUUGUUUUCUUCCAAGUAUUUCACUGGUGUUCAUUUUGUUUUCGAUGUGUAGAAAAUGGUCACAGAAUGUAGAAUUUGUUUUGUCACACUGAUGAUAAAUUGAUUGAUUGAUUUAUUAAUUAAACAGAUUUGAUUAAUUGAUUCAGAUCUAAUGUUUGUAAUUACAAUGAAUUGCUUACUUUGGAAAUGUUUUCAUCCUUGUAUAUUACAAGAAGAUGGUCUGUUUCAUAUUGAAACUGCUAAAAUAAAGUGUGUGCUGGAUCUUUGUUGUUCAGAAUUGAAUAAAACGGCAUUA